UUUAUUUUGUGUGGUUCAAAGUUCCAUAUCUAUGUUAAGGAAUAAACAAAAAGUAAUGUUUAAAAUAAAAUAUUUUGUAAAUAUUGGGGAUACAAUUUGAGAUUUAUUAUUCACACUAAUAUCUUAAAUGAAAAUUAAGUGUAAACAUAAGUUUUGUCUACAAAAUGAGUUUCUCUAAUCCCCCAAAUAGUGAGUGUGAAAAAGUUUUUGAAGCUACGGAAACGACUUGUGAACCACUCGCAGGUUCUUGUUCAAAGAGUGAUUGUGAAAGUAUUGCUCUAUUGCAAAAGGACACAAUCAAUGAUCCAAAUGAUACAACAACACCAAAAGGACAACAACAAAUAACUCCCUACACUUCAAGUAAUAAAGUUGAUAUUUUAAGUAAUGAGAAUGAUGGCCAGAAUGAAAAAUUGAAGCUGGAGCUACCGGCAAGUAAUCUUGGCAAUAGUUCUCUUAUUGAUGAUUUCAGUCAUACAACUACCAAUGUUGCUAUAUCUAACAAUAAGCGCAAGUCAGACCACUCAAUUGAAAGUAAUAUUGAAGAAAAAAAGAUUCAUAAUAUGCGUAAAAAUAUUCGAGGUGUUAUCAAUGAAAGCAACUUUGAUACAAUUACAAUAAACGCCCAACGCGAAGAAUCUGAACGAUUAGCCAGAGUGCAAGGACUGAAAAAACUUGUUAAACAGAAAUACCUUCAUUCUGCUAUCGAGUCUAUGGUUGAAGGAGUACAUGAAGUUCAGGACGAUGAAUUCUUAGCUUCAUGUGAAUCCAUCGAGCCCCCAUCCCAACAAAUUAAAGUAAUAGGUUUUGAACUGAAGGACAGACUGCAAAGACAAGAAGAGAAUAAGUCUGCUGAAAUACUCUGGAAUCAGUGGCUCAAUGCAGAAUCUAAAGAUCUACCAAUGGAUAAAAAGGAAGAAGUUGUUACCAUCGACAGUUCAUCAGAUGAAGAUGACUGUAUCAUUCUCUCUGAUAGUGAUGAUUACUUGGAAGAUGAGGCUGAAGAUCACAACAAUAGUGGACUUCAUGUUAAGGAUGUAUUAAAUAUUCCAAAUGAACAUGGAAAAGUAAUGGUUAACGUUGGGCAUGUCGAAAGCGAGCCAGAUAUUUUCUUAGCUCCUCAAAUAGCAAAAGUUAUUAAACCACAUCAAAUAGGAGGAGUUAGGUUUUUAUUCGACAACAUAAUUGAAUCUACCAAGAGAUUUAAUAAUUCCUCUGGUUUUGGUUGUAUUCUAGCUCAUUCCAUGGGCCUAGGAAAGACGCUUCAAGUUGUAACUUUCUCAGACAUAUUUUUAAGACACACUGACUCAAAGACUAUUCUUUGCGUAAUGCCAAUUAAUACAAUUCAAAAUUGGGUUAAAGAAUAUAAUUUAUGGAUUCCAGAGAAAUCAUCUUGCCACGAAAAGGUUAGGCCGAGGAAUUUUAAAGUGUUUGCUCUAAAUGAUCAGCAUAAAACUAUGAGCUCAAGAUCUAAAGUUAUUAAUCGCUGGAACUCUGAAGGAGGGGUUCUUCUUAUUGGUUAUGAAUUAUUUCGCGUCCUUGGGCUAAAGAUAAUCAAAAGAAAGGAGGGACAAAAACUUUUAGAUAAUACUGAACACAAGACACUUUUAGACAGAAUGCAUUCGGCUCUGGUAAAACCUGGUCCAGAUCUUGUUAUUUGUGAUGAGGGUCACAGAAUUAAGAACGCACAUGCUGGUAUAUCAAUCGCAUUAAAACAAAUUCGCACUAGAAGAAGAAUCGUUUUGACGGGAUAUCCUCUUCAGAAUAAUCUCUUGGAGUAUUGGUGCAUGGUUGACUUUGUAAGACCUAAUUACUUGGGUUCCAAAGCUGAAUUUUGCAAUAUGUUUGAGCGCCCUAUACAAAAUGGUCAAUGUAUUGAUUCUACACCGGAAGAUAUAAAGCUUAUGCGAUAUCGAGCCCAUGUUCUGCACUCAUUGUUAGUUGGCUUUGUUCAAAGAAGAUCAGACUCUGUGCUUCAGAACUCCCUUCCGCAGAAACUUGAAUAUGUUAUCCUCACUAAGAUGACAAAAUUCCAAAGACAGUUAUAUGAUGCUUUUAUGAAUGAAGUAGUUCGAAAAAAGAAGGUUCCGAAUCCUCUUAAAGCAUUUGCUGUUUGUUGUAAGAUAUGGAAUCACCCUGAUGUACUCUAUCAUUUUGUAAAAAAGAGGGAAGCGGAUUUGGAUUUGGAUAUUGAUGAUCGAGAUACGGCUAUGAAUUCAUCUUCUAAACCUAAAGUUGUAAUUAAAAAUGAUAAUGAAUUUGGAAAAUCGAAUGCAUUCAGUAAUGCAACUUUUUCUUCCACAAAUAUGAGUAAACAGAAUAAUCUUUGGUCAGAUGGCGAAAGCAUACCAAUUGAUGCACAACACCCCAAAUUGAUUGGAAUGCUCAAAAACCCUCUUCUAUCUUAUAGUUCAAAAUGUUCUUCAGAAAUAGUUGAUUUGGACACCAAAGAAGUUCAAUUUGUUAAAUCUGAUGUGAAUAUUGAUCUAGAAGUAGCCAAUUUUCAAAGCGCUGGAAGUUUAAACGAAAAUAAAACAGAUCUCAAUAUACCAUCAGGAAGCAACAAUACCGAUUCAAUUAUUAGAAAACCUCUUAAGGUUGAAACGAAAUCAACAAAUGAUGCAAUAUCCUAUGAUUGGGCAACAUCUCUUAUAAAAGACUAUGAGCCAGGUAUUGUCAGUACAUCUCCCAAAAUGCAAAUAUUUUUGUAUAUUUUGGAAGAAAGUAUAAAACUUGGUGAUAGAGUAUUGGUAUUCAGUCAAAGUUUACUGACGUUGAACCUUAUGGAGGUUUUUCUUCAAAGACUUCUUAUUCCAGAAACGGACAAAUAUUGGAAGAAGAAUGUUUCAUAUUUUCGACUUGAUGGUUCUACAAGUUCAUUGGAAAGGGAAAAACUUGUAAAUGAAUUUAACAGCAAUAUUGUCGUAAAACUAUUUUUGAUUUCAACAAAGGCUGGUUCAUUAGGUAUUAAUUUAACAGGAGCAAAUCGUGUUGUUGUAUUUGAUGCUAGUUGGAAUCCAUGCCACGAUACUCAAGCUGUUCAUAGAAUUUAUAGGUACGGACAAGGAAAAUCGUGUUUUGUGUACCGAAUAGUAAUGGAUAAUUGCUUAGAAAAGAAUAUUUACGAUCGUCAAGUAAAGAAGCAAGGCAUGUCAGACAGAGUUGUGGACGAAUGUAAUCCCGACGCGCAUUUAUCUAUAAGAGAACUUACAAAUUUAUGCUAUGAUAAAGUAAAAGAAGAUAAAAAUACCGAGUUUACACAACCUAUAGAAAACUUCACCGAUGCAGUUAUGCGUAGUAUGUUAACGAAACACAAAUCAAUUCUUUCCAAAGAGCCAUUUUACCACGAAAGCUUAUUAAUUGACCGAAAAGAAAAGAAACUUUCUCAGACCGAAAAGAAAUUGGCCAAACGUGGUUAUGAAAUUGAGAAAAAAGCUUCAUCGAAACCUCAACACUUUAUUCAUAAUGUUCACAACGUAAUUCAAAAUAGGGAUUGUAUGUUAAAUAAAGCUAGAUCACAGAUAUUCAAAAGCAGAAUCAACCAGCCAUUUAAGAACUCAAAUAUGAAAUUGACCCGCUGGAUUCCGGCUGAAGUAUGGCAAAGACAGGGAAUGUCUUCACAAGAAAUGAAGCUUCCGAUAGAUGUUGCAAUACCAACAAAUUCAAAUGAUUCAUCAAACAUCGUCGUAAAGGCAGGAGAAAAAGUAAUGGUUCUUAAUUCUGCAAAAGGGGUUUAUAUGCAAUUAGAAAGUGGAAAAAUUAUUGCUAUCAAAACUUCAGCUGAAACAGCUAAGGACAAAGUGCAUCAAGCUAAGAAAUUGAUAAGCUCGCAAUUAAUUGAAAAAAAGGAUUUUAAAGCCUUGGAUGCUAUACAUAUUAAAGAUGAUCAUUUCCCCUCUUCAGUUGAACAAGAAAGAGAUUCAGAGAAUGAUGAUUGCAUUGUUAUAAAUGAUAGUAUUAAUGAGAGCUCAGACAAUUCAUUCGAUUUGCCUCACAAUAAUUUCAAAAAUCAUGUUGAAACAUCUGUAGUAAAGCAUGGAGUAUCACCAAAAAUAUUUCCCAACAGUAUGUCUCUAGCUACGAAAGAUGCUCAAAAAGAUACAUCAAUUGCAUUUAAAGCUAAGCAUCAAUUUCAGAAGAAUAAAGAAGACGCAGUAAGACAAAGGCAUUUAUUUGCUCAAGAUAAUCCGGAAGUUAUAAAGCAAAGUCCUCAACACUGUCAUGAGAACCUGGACCAACUACCAAAGGUUGAGUUUUGUCAAAAAAAGACUGACAAGCCAACACAAAAUGAUCGCAAUCGCCAGGAUAACCCAGAACUAUUAAUACAAAAUCAGUUAAUGCAACAACAAAAAUCAGCGGAGCCAUUGGUACAAAAUCAUUAUGAACUUGAAACAAAAAAUAAACUAGAAUCUGCAACUCCAGCUGACUAUAUUCAUAAACAAAGUACCUACAAAUAUGGAAUUCCAUCAAAUUAUGACAUGUUUGCUGCACACAACAUUGAAAAUCAACAUUUUCCAGUGCUAAGUGCAAUACAGCGUUGGGAAAAUAAGUCUCCAGAGUUUAACAAGCAAGCAUUUAAGAUAAGCAAUAUUCCUGCUCCAUAUCCAUCGACUGCAGUUUGCGAUUUAAAUAGUUCCGAUAAAAACGACAAGCAACCAAUAAAUGACAGCGUUAAUGUUGAACAAUACAAUCUGCGACCGCCAUAUGUAACAACAGGCAAAAGUCACGAAGAUGAACAUUAUCACCACAAUUUAAAUUAUAAUCUCAGUUACCAAAGUACUAAUGCGCAUACAACAUUAGCGCAACAGACUGCCGAAGACAAUGGGUCACUUAAUGCGUUGUAUCAUUUUAAUAAUAAAAAUGAAAACGCUUACAGUGAAACCUUAUACGAAAAUUCCAAUUCUUCUCAUUCAAGUUAUCAUCAGCAAUUGGCAAAAUAUGCGUAUGGUUAUUAUCAGCCUCAUUAUCAUCCAAACUAUACUAAUAGCAGCAGUAGCAAUAAGCCUUAUGACGAUAAUACGUUUCCUUCUGUUUCAAGUCAGUACUAUAUGCGUAGGCCGUCAUCAUUUCCCAGAAGUUCCAUAAAUGGAGUUGAUGUAGGAUUCAACUAUGCCGAACCUCAAGGCUGGAUGAAGACACAACUUCCCGAAUAGUUUAAUUUCUUCUAUUUAAGUAAAAACAUGCAAUAGAAAUGUAUAGUUAAUAUUAUUAUAUAAAUUAUUAUUUUAAUUUCUAUAUGAUAAAAAUCGUAAUUUUGAAUUUGUAAUGUUUACGUAUGUUAAUUAAUAAGAUUAAAGGUUCCUUAUGAUUUCAAACAAACAAAAUUAAAAAGUUAUGUUACAGACCAGACUUGUCCCUAUGAAAUCAAUAUUUUGCUCGUAACAAUUAUUAUAAUUAAAGUAAUAUUAAUUCUUUUCUUUUUUAGAGAUUUUACAGAUGAACUCAGAAUCAUCAAUUUGUGUAACUUUAAAAUGAGGUGGCUUAGUAUUAAAAUAGAAGUCAAUUUUGUGAACCUUAUUAUAAAAUUCGAAAUGUCGAAAUGGAAAGAAAACACUCCUUAUACCUACAAAGCAUCACGUUUGUACCAGAAAUAUUUUUGAUGCAAAUGUUUAUGCGUUAAUGAACUCCGCCAAAGUUCUUUGUGUUUAACCGAUUAAAAACACUUUCAAAUACAUUUGUAAAUAGAAGCCGUUUUAUUUUUGUAACUCAGUAUCUUAGAUCAGUAUUGAGGAAUGUUUUUUAAAAAGGGGAUAAAACAAUUUUUUGUCAUUUUCAGAAAACCUAGAAAACUAAAAAUAAAAGUGCAGUUUUCAUCGGUUUUUCAGAAUCCGAUAGCCCAGUCAAAUUAAAUCGAAAAUAGGGUGUGCUCGUAAAUAAUUCAGACAAUGCUGGAAAUGAUUUUAAUUAACUUUGGAAAUCUCUUAAAAGUGUCGUUUGCGACGGCCUCUGAGUCCCGCAUAACUUUUGACGGCCAAAUAACCGUUACUUUUUGGCAUUUUUUCAGUUUUUUGUUCAUUACUCCUGAAUAUCAUCAUAUGACACAUGUUUUCAAGGUAUUUUUUUAUGCUGAAUCCAAUGACAUAAAAAUAAAGUCAAUGCGAUUGCUCUAAGAAAAGUUAUUGCAGAUUAAAAACAAGGGUGCUUGUUUUUUGACUUCAACAAGUAAAAUAUAACCGAAAAAAUUCGGGAUGAAGGUUUAAGAUAAAGCAGGGACAAAGGAUUCAUAAAGUUCUUAAAAUUAUUUUUGGUGAAAGGGUGUUUUUUUGAUUGGUUAAGUUGUGUGUGAGGAAGGUAUCAUAACAGCUGACUUAAAUUUUAUUAAUUUUUAAAACUUGGUGCAAAUGUUUUGGUUGGUAUAAGAAUUAAGAAUCUAUAAAGUGUGAAAGGUUUUUUUUUAAAGAAAUGAUGAAUUUCGGAAUUAGUACCACAAAAACUAGGAAAAAAUUAUUACACCAAUGAAAAUUGGUAAAAAUGUUUCAUUUAUAACAGAAACCAAGAACCCAAACAGUCUAUAAAAAUAUUUUAGGUUAUAGUCGUCGCGCGAGAGUUGUUUUGUCGUAAACGCAAAUUUUGGAAUUUUGGGAAAUCGCAUUUUAAGGUUUGAGCUUCUAUAAAAAAUAAACCGGCCGAUAGAAUUUUUUCAAUUUUUAAUAGAAUAUUUUGUGCGAUAUCUUCUUAUUUAUGUUGUCAAAACUGCCACAUCUGGUUUGGUUUUCAAAUUAUAAAGGUUCUUACCCAAAAUCAGUUUGUCGUAAACGCCACCAAAAUCAACUUUUUUUCCAUCCCAUACACGUACGACAAAGUAGAUGCACGUACGACACUCCAAUAUACUAAGACACAAUUAAAAAAAGUACCUAAAUUUUCAAUUUUC